ACGACACUUGCAAGUAUACCUUGUAAGCACCUUUUUGCCGACGCCAAGCAGGAAGCAUGCCAGCUGGUCAAGGCCGCAAUGAGGAGGAACUCAAAAGCCUCGUUGUCCGGACUCUGGAGACCAAUGGCGUCCUUGGACAAAUUCGGGCGGAGCUUCGAGCAAAUGUCUACAAGGCCAUCGACUGCGACGAAGAUUUCGGAGCUUCGACGGCGGUGCGCUCUGCCAAGUUGACAAAGUCACCAGUGGGUCAGUUGAUGGCUGAGAUCGUGGCCGAGUUUUUUGAGUUCUACCAGUUCAGGCACAGUCUUUCGGUCUUUCUCCCAGAGUCGAACCUUGGAAAGGAGCGCCGCAGCCGUGCCGAGGUUGCCGUGGAUGCUGGAUUGAUCCGGGUUCAUUCAGAGACCUCCAUCUUGGAGCAGCUCAUGAGCCUCACGUCCAGCAGCUCACACAAGAUGGGUGGAGAGGGGUGGCAUUCCAGUGCCAGCUCAACGACGGCAUCCUCGCCCCCACCACAGUUUGCCGCAUCCAUGGCAUCUACACGUCAUUCAGCCUGGGAGAGCGGAGGAAAUGAUACGCCGCCAGCAGGACAGAUGCGACAUCAAGGUGAUCGCACUCGGGACUUGGUCGGAGGGGCAGCAGUGGUGGAUGCUUUGAGUUCAGCCGUUGGGCACGACGUGCGGCACGACGUGCGGCACGAUGUGAAAGGAGCAUGCUCGGCAGACGAAAGAAAAGACGAGGCUCCUAGAGAGGAGGAGAUCAUUGAAGAGGUCACAGAGCGGCCUCUUCCGAAGCCCGCGCCGCGCACCAAGCUGCCCUCGCUGGGCGCCUCGCUCAAUGGUGGCAAGGAAUUAUUGCCUCCACUCCGCGGCGUGGGGCUAGGGGGCAGCUUGGGCUCCCGCAGUGCUGCGGUGCCUGCAAUUCAUAUUGCAGAGGAGGAGGAGGAGGAGGUGUCUUUGGGUGAGCAAUCUGGAGGAGCCUCCGGCGAUCUAUUGGAUGAGGUUGAUCGGCAGCUUGCCAGACUGAAUCGGCCUGGCAACAGAAUAGGCCAUAUGCCUGCGGCGGUGAGCAGAGAGGGGGAUGGCCUUGAGGCCUCUGCCUCUACAAGUGGUGAGGUGGAUCAUUGAGAACCCACAGAUCCUGCCAGGAUGUGUAGAGUGCUCCUGCUUGGUCUUGAGGCCCAAGGCCAGGGCCAUACUGCUGAGCUCAGUGCAGCAAUGAUCCGCAUAAAGCCGAGCCUCGAGAAUGUGUAAGUGACGGACACCCAUCCAGAAC